ACAAAGAUGGCGUCGAAAUCAAGCGAUGCAGGGCCUUCAACCUCCACUGACAGUAGUGAAUUAUCAGCAGCAGCAAGACGAGCUGAGAGAAUGAAGAAGUUGAGAGAUUUACAUCUGAGAAGGAAUGAAGCUCGUAAAUUAAACCAUGCGGAGGUGGUAGAAGAAGACAAGCGAAGCAAACUGCCCUCAAACUUUGAAGCCAAGAGAAAAAGAGCCGAGUGGGAAUUGGAUGAUCAGAAGAAAAGAAAGGCAAGGGGAGAGGACUAUGACAGAAUAAAACUUUUAGAUAUUUCCGCGGAAGACGCUGAGAGAUGGGAAAAGAAGAAGAAAAAGAAGAAUCCGGACCAAGGAUUUGCAGGUUAUGAGCAGGCAGGUCUCAGGCAAUACCAGAGAUUAACAAAACAGAUGAAACCUGAUAUGGAGAGGUAUGAAGAUGUAAAGCAAAGAAUAGGUGAGGAUAUGUACCCUACUGUUGACACACUGCCACAGCAUGAAUACAAAGAUACAGAGGCUGGUAUUGACAGAAUGGUUAAUGAUCUGGAAAAACAAAUCGAUAAACGCAACAAAUACAGCAGAAGGAGAGCCUACAACGAUGAAGAGGACAUCAGUUACAUCAACGAGAGAAACAUGAAAUUCAACAAGAAAUUGGAAAGGUUUUAUGGACAAUAUACUACAGAGAUUAAACAGAAUUUAGAAAGAGGCACUGCUGUGUAAAAGAAUUGACACAAGUGACUGAUAUCUUAUGCCUGGUGGUUUUUUUGUGGUUUUAGAUUACACAAAUGUUGUUAUUGAAGGCGUAGAGCAUUUUGACAGUUUCUAUCAUUUCAUUACUCAUUUUCCAAACCAACUGGACAAAAUAUUGCUUUUUGCUGUUGAUGCAAAAUUUGUUUUCACAAUAGGUGUUCUCUUCUAUUGUGCAAUUAUGUAGAUUUAUUUUUUGAAAUCAGUUUAAACUCUGUUUACCAUGCCAUCUGAUCAGAAUUCGUUGCACUUACAGAAAGCCAGCAUUGCCAGUCAGUGGUUGUUUCAUGAGUAGUGAAUCUGACAGCAACAAUGAAUCCCUAAACAUGCGGUUCCAGUUUUCUAUAUAUUACAUGUCUGUAAACACGUUUUUAUUUUUUUCAAAUGUUUUUAAAAUUGUGUUCAAGUCCAUGAUAGAGAGGAAGGUGCAACAUAUGUAACUUUUGAUAAUGGAGUAGUCUAAGUCAAUAUUCUACUAGCCUUAUUAUAAUAGUUUUUAAAGGACAGAAAGGUGCAGUUGAAGGAAAUAAUGGCAUUUGUUUUGGUAUAUACUGUGCUUGCCGAGUUGUUUUUGUGAAGUUGCAAUGGGAUCUUGUCACCAGUACAGAAAUGUAUUAUUAAAAUUAUUAAUUUAAACAUUCAUCUGUAUCGUAUUUUAAAAGCACAGAUCUCUGAUCAUUUAUUCCCUUCAGCACAAAUAUAAACAUAUGCAUAUUCAAACAUGCAUGCACAGGAUUCCUUGUCACGAAGACGGCAAAUCGCCUUGCCCCUGUAAGUGGACUAGCACCUCAGUAUGUCUCACACCCCAAAGAAAGUCAUCUCCAAAAAUGACUGAUGAACACAGAACAAAAACAUGAUAAAGUCUUGUAGCUUUAUUUACAUUUGAAAUGCACUAUUACAUAACAUGGAGAGAAGUUUUGUUAUCUUAAACAAUUUUCAAUUGUUCUGUGAAUGGCAUGUAGCAGACUUUUGCAUAACAUGAACAUGUUGCAUAAUAUUGCCAUGGUAACUAGUGAAAUAAACAAAAAGUAGUCAUGACUUGAGAAUGAA